AACGCAUGGAGGAGGCGGCGGGGGGGGCACCGAACCCGAACCCCAACGUGGGAAGGGCCCGAAUGGGGCAGCCUGCAGCGCAGCCCCCCGCCAAGGGCCGGGAGCUCUUCAGGGGACAGCGGAAGGAGUCCGAGGGCUCUGUGGAUUUCCCCACCGUGGAGUUCGAGUACGGGGACACCGACAGCCGUGGCGCAGAGCUGGCAGAGCUGUACAGCUACACCGAGGAGCCCGAGCUCAGCACCAACCGGCGAUGCUUCGAGGAGGAGUUUUGCCCCCAAGCGCGGGGCCGGCAGUGGCCGGAGCUGGACACAGCGCAGCAGAGGGCCCAAAUCCUGCGGCUGCUGGAGGGGCUGGAGGUGGUCAGCAGGGAGCGGCGGCUGCGGGCGGCACGGGCCAUCCUCUACCUGGCACAGGGAGUGUUUGGAGACUGUGAGAGCGAAGGCGAUGUCCUGCACUGGUCACGGCACAACAGCUUCCUGCUGUACCAGCUGGGCACCUUCAGCGCCUUCCUGGAGCUGCUCAGCAUGGAGAUCGACAACAGCCAGGCAUGCAGCAGUGCGCUGCGGAAGCCAGCCAUCUCACUGGCCGACAGCACCGAGCUCAGGGUGCUGCUCAGCGUCAUGUACCUGCUGGUGGAGAACAUCCGUGUGGAACUGGAAACGGAUCCCCCAGAGUGGAAAUCCUGCCGGGAGACCUUCAGGACAGAGCUGAGUUUCCCCAUGCGCUCCGAUGAGCCCUUCGCUCUCUUGCUCUUCACCAUGGUGACCAAGUUCUGCAGCGGCCAUGCUCCACAUUUUCCUAUGAAGAAGGUCUUGCUCCUGCUCUGGAAGGUGCUCCUGUUCACGCUGGGAGGAUUUGAAGCCCUGCAGAUGAUGAAGGUGAGGAGGAGGGAGGAGCUUGGGCUGCCACCCCUGCCCGAGGACAGCAUCCAGGUGAUGCGCAGCAUGCGUGCCGCCUCACCGCCCACCUGCUCCAUUGAGCUGGCUGAGCAGCAGCAGAAGCGUGGGCACCGCAGUCGGCGGCCCCUGAUGAAGCAAGACAGCCUGGAUAUCUACAACGAGAGAGACCCCUUCAAGAAUGAUGAAACAGGAGUUGAUGAAGAGGAGGGUGAUGAAGUGGAUGGUGGGAUCGAGGGGGAGCUGGACCUGAUGGAGCGGGAUGCUCUCCUCCCUACCAUACCAGCCCAGCGCCCUCCUAUUGAACGGGUGUCGUUCCCCAAAGGGCUGCCCUGGGCCCCCAAAGUCAGGCAGAAGGACAUUGAGCAUUUCCUGGAGGCAAGCAGGAACAAAUUCAUCGGCUUCACUCUGGGACAGGACACUGAGACCCUGAUAGGGCUGCCACGGCCCAUUCAUGAGAGCGUGAAGACACUGAAGCAGCACAAGUACGUUUCCAUCUCAGAUGUCCAGAUCAAGAAUGAAGAGGAGCUGGAGAAGUGCCCCAUGUCUCUGGGUGAAGAGGAAGUCCAAGAAACCCCUUGUGAGGUCUUGUAUCGAGCCAUGCUAUACAAUCUCCCCCAGUAUAUGAUCGCUCUGCUGAAGAUCCUCCUUGCUGCAGCACCCACCUCCAAGGCCAAGACUGACUCCAUCAACAUCCUAGCAGAUGUCUUGCCUGAGGAGAUGCCCAUCACCGUCCUGCAGAGCAUGAAGCUGGGGAUUGAUGUGAACAGGCACAAGGAGAUUAUCGUGAAGAGCAUCUCGGCGCUGCUGCUGUUGCUCCUCAAGCACUUCAAGCUGAACCACAUUUACCAGUUUGAGUACGUGUCCCAACAUUUGGUGUUUGCCAACUGCAUCCCGCUGAUCCUGAAGUUCUUCAACCAAAACAUCAUGUCCUAUAUCACAGCCAAGAACAGCAUCUCUGUCCUGGAUUACCCACACUGUACAGUCCACGAGUUGCCUGAGCUCACUGCAGAAAGCCUGGAAGCUGGAGACAACAACCAGUUCUGCUGGAGAAACCUAUUCUCCUGCAUUAACCUGCUGAGGAUCCUCAACAAGCUGACCAAGUGGAAGCACUCGAGGACAAUGAUGCUGGUAGUCUUCAAGUCGGCCCCGAUACUGAAGCGAGCUCUGAAGGUGAAGCAGGCCAUGAUGCAGCUGUACGUUCUCAAACUUUUGAAGAUCCAGACCAAAUACCUGGGGCGCCAGUGGAGAAAGAGCAACAUGAAGACCAUGUCGGCCAUCUACCAGAAGGUGCGGCACCGCAUGAACGACGACUGGGCGUAUGGCAACGAUAUUGAUGCGAGGCCGUGGGACUUCCAAGCUGAAGAAUGCACACUGAGAGCCAGCAUCGAAGCCUUCAACAGCCGCAGAUACGACAAACCUCAGGAUUCAGAGUUUGCACCGGUGGACAACUGCCUGCAGAGCGUGCUGGGGCAGUGGCUGGAGCUCCCUGAGGACUUCCACUACUCCUACGAGCUGUGGCUGGAGCGGGAGGUGUUUUCCCAGCCCAUCCGCUGGGAAGAGCUGCUGCGCUACCAGUGAGAGCCACCACGUCAGCCGUCCCAUCGAGCAGGGACUCCAGGUGCUACACAGCGAGGAAAGGAAGAUCAUUUUCAGUAAAGCUGGAAGAAAAUCACCUUCUUAGGGAGUCCAGGCCUCUCUGUAACCAUCCAGUCACCUCGACUCUCGUUUUCUUGGAGGUUUUCCCUUUGUUGUGACCUCUUGGAGGCCAUGAGGUACCAACAGAGCUGCAUGGAGGCCGAGGACCAGGUUCUGGCAUCUCAUUCAGGAGUGGCCUCACCUGGUUUUCACUGCAGAUUUACAACUGUGUAUGAGAGAUCUGAGCCUGUGCUGUCCCUUAGCUCGUUAAGUCUGUUGUAAGGGUAUCUGAGCCUUGAUAAGUCUUCAUCUCACCCAGAUGCCUCAAGCUGAGCUGAUGUGUUUUCAUUUGUUCAUUUAUGAUGAUGUGCUUCAAGCACCACACUGCUAUGAUGAAGUAAAAAACACAAAAUAGGUGGCACCAUCUGUGACAGUCCCAAGUAGAGUUGGAUGACAAAGGGGAUGACAUUACCACUUGUCCCCAGGGCAGCAUCACUGCUGGGACUGUUCAGCAGAUUUACACGGUUUUUGCAUUGGUCACUAGGGAUAGUAAUGCAUUUACCUUUACCAUUGCUCCACUUCCUUCACCUCUGCUCAUCGCUAGGAGAAUAAAAUGAACAAAGAGCUUGCAUGGCAAAGAGCUGCAGAGGAGGCUCACUGCCAUGUUUCUCUCUACCUGCUGUAAGUCCAGAAUUAUUGGCCCAGAAGUUACUGACUCACGCUAUAGGAUGUCUACACAUGACACAAAAAGCCUUUUUUUUCAUCAAGCAAGAUGCUCCAUUACAAAGUCCAUACGGGGAAAUAAAAUGCAGCAGGCUGAUUGUUUCUGAAAGAUAAUUACUGCAACGUUAGGUUUCCAGAGAGCUUUCUUCAUUGCUCUUUACCCUUUGCAGCCCUACAGGAGACAGUCUUCUGGAAAAUAACCUGAUUUUUGCACGGGUUUUUGGUUCUCUGGGAGGAUGUUUGUGCCGAGUCUUAAAGUGGGGAAGAAGAGUGCUUUAGGUACCACUUUGCUGCCAUCAUAUGACAGAAACAGCAGAUGGUGCAGUCCAGAACGUUCAGACUCACACAACGAGCUGUGAGUAUGGUGACAGGGUAUGAAAGAUCAUAAGAGAUGAAAGAUUGUAUCUUUUUCUACAGAAUGUUGUCAGCCAUGCACAGGGAAUCCUGGUCUAAUUUUUCCUCCCUUAUGAAAUCAGUUUGUCCAAGAAAAAUGUGUCAAUAUAGUGCAAGCAAAAGUGGGUUUCUCCCCCGCUGUGCUGCUACCGAUGCAGUGAGCAUGCAGGUGAACCACAGGUAUUUGUCAUGGCAGGAUUUGUGCUUAUUGCUGUGGAAUUGAAUUGAGAAUGUUUCCUUGAUGUGGUUUGCAAAAGGCACUUUUCAAAGAGCUGCCAUUAGUAAACCCGCUCACCCUUUUUAAGAAUGCUUCUGUUCACAAUAAACCAGAGUGACUUUUCAAGUCCAUUCA